GGGCGCGCCGCCGUCGCCAUGUCGUCGGGCAGCCCCAUCCAGAUACCCGGCCGCCUCCCGCUGCUGCUCACCCAUGAGGGCGUGCUGCUGCCCGGCUCCACCAUGCGCACCAGCGUGGACUCGGCCCGCAACCUGCAGCUGGUGCGGAGCCGCCUGCUCAAGGGCACGUCGCUGCGGAGCACCAUCCUGGGCGUCAUCCCCAACACGCCCGACCCGCCGAGCGACGCGCAGGACCUGCCGCCGCUGCACAGGAUUGGGACAGCUGCACUGGCAGUUCAGGUGGUGGGCAGUAACUGGCCCAAGCCCCACUAUACUUUGCUGAUUACAGGCCUGUGCCGUUUCCAGAUUGUACAGCUCUUAAAAGAGAAGCCAUAUCCUGUUGCUGAAGUGGAACAGUUGGAUCGGCUUGAGGAAUUUCCCAGCACCUGUAACACUAGGGAGGAGCUGGGAGAACUAUCAGAACAGUUUUACAAAUACGCAGUACAAUUGGUUGAAAUGUUGGAUAUGUCUGUCCCCGCAGUUGCUAAGUUGAGACGUCUUUUAGAUAGUCUUCCAAGGGAAGCUCUACCAGACAUUCUGACAUCAAUCAUCCGAACAAGCAACAAAGAGAAGCUCCAGAUUUUAGAUGCUGUGAGUCUGGAGGAGCGGUUCAAGAUGACCAUACCACUGCUUGUCAGACAAAUUGAAGGCCUGAAAUUGCUUCAGAAAACCAGAAAACACAAGCAAGAUGAUGAUAAACGGGUUAUAGCAAUACGCCCUAUUAGGAGGAUUACACACAUCCCAGCUGCUUUAGGAGAUGAGGAUGAGGAUGAAGACAACGAUGACAUUGUCAUGCUAGAGAAAAAAAUACGAACAUCCAGUAUGCCAGAGCAGGCCCAUAAAGUCUGUGUCAAAGAGAUAAAAAGACUCAAAAAAAUGCCUCAGUCAAUGCCAGAAUAUGCUCUGACUAGAAAUUAUUUAGAACUUAUGGUGGAACUUCCUUGGAACAAAAGUACAACUGACCGUCUGGACAUUCGAGCAGCCCGGAUUCUUCUGGAUAACGACCAUUAUGCCAUGGAAAAAUUGAAGAAAAGAGUGCUGGAAUACUUGGCUGUCAGACAGCUGAAAAACAACCUGAAGGGCCCCAUUCUUUGCUUUGUUGGUCCUCCUGGAGUCGGUAAAACAAGCGUGGGAAGAUCAGUGGCCAAGACUCUGGGUCGAGAGUUCCACAGGAUUGCACUUGGAGGAGUGUGUGAUCAGUCUGACAUUCGCGGACACAGGCGCACCUAUGUUGGCAGUAUGCCUGGUCGUAUAAUCAAUGGCUUGAAGACCGUCGGGGUUAACAAUCCAGUGUUCCUGUUAGAUGAGGUUGACAAACUAGGAAAAAGUCUACAGGGUGAUCCUGCAGCAGCUCUGCUUGAGGUGUUGGAUCCGGAACAAAACCAUAACUUCACAGAUCAUUAUCUAAAUGUGGCCUUUGACCUUUCCCAAGUUCUUUUUAUAGCCACUGCCAACACCACUGCUACUAUUCCACCUGCCUUGUUGGACAGAAUGGAGAUUAUCCAGGUGCCAGGGUACACACAAGAGGAGAAGAUAGAGAUUGCCCACAGGCACUUGAUCCCAAAGCAACUGGAACUGCAUGGGCUGACUCCUCAACAGAUUCAGAUCCCUCAGGUUACUACUCUCGACAUCAUCACCAGGUAUACCAGAGAGGCGGGGGUUCGUUCUCUGGAUAGGAAGUUUGGGGCCAUUUGCCGAGCUGUUGCUGUGAAGGUGGCAGAAGGACAACAUAAAGAAGCCAAAUUGGAGCGUUCUGGUGUGACUGAGAGAGAAGAUUGCAAAGAACACAUCUUAGAAGAUGCAAAACCUGAAUCUAUCAGUGACACUGCUGACUUGGCCCUACCACCUGAAAUGCCGAUUUUGAUUGAUUUCCAUGCUCUGAAAGACAUCCUUGGGCCCCCGAUGUACGAAAUGGAGGUGUCUGAGCGUUUGAGUCAACCAGGAGUGGCAGUAGGUUUGGCUUGGACUCCCUUAGGUGGGGAAAUCAUGUUCGUGGAGGCAAGUCGAAUGGAUGGCGAAGGUCAGUUAACUCUGACUGGCCAGCUAGGGGAUGUCAUGAAGGAGUCUGCCCAUCUCGCUAUUAGCUGGCUCCGCAGCAAUGCCAAGAAAUACCAUCUGACUAAUGCUUCUGGAAGUUUUGAUCUUCUUGACAACACAGACAUCCAUCUGCACUUCCCAGCUGGAGCUGUCACAAAAGAUGGACCAUCUGCUGGAGUUACCAUAGUAACCUGUCUCGCCUCACUUUUUAGUGGGCGGCUUGUCCGUUCAGAUGUAGCCAUGACUGGAGAAAUUACACUGAGAGGUCUUGUUCUUCCAGUAGGUGGAAUCAAAGACAAAGUGCUGGCAGCACACAGAGCAGGACUGAAGCGGAUCAUUAUUCCUCAGAGGAACGAAAAAGACCUUGAAGAAAUCCCAGGCAAUGUACGACAGGAUUUAAGUUUUGUCACAGCAAGCUGCCUGGAUGAAGUUCUUAAUGCAGCUUUUGAUGGUGGCUUUACUGUCAAGACCGGACCUGGUCUCUUAAAUAGCAAAUUGUAGGCCCAAAUCUCACUUUUUCUGAUUUUUAAAUUAUGAUGUGCCAAAAGGUACUGACAAGGUUGAUUUUAUUCACACUGGUAGGGGUAAUCAAAAUGUCCCUAAUUUGUGAACAUAAUCACGAGAGUAACAAACCUCACUCAAGUGGUGGCUAGUGUUUAUUACACAAAUGUUAAUUUAGUAAAUUGAUAAAAAUACCUGUAUUACCUGAGAACUUGUUAGAAAUGUAAAUUCUCAAGACCCACCAGCAGACCUUCUGAAUCAAAUCUGGGGGGUGGGCCCAGAAAUCUGCUUUAAUAAGCCCCACAGGUGAUUCUGAUGCAUAGUCAACAUCAAGAACCAUUGGUAUAUCAAAAUGGAUUAAAGACUUGAAUGUAAGACCUGAAACCAUAAAACUUCUAGAAGAAAACAAAGGCAGUACGCUCUUCGACAUUGGUCUUAGCACCAUAUUUUCAAGCACCAUGUCUGACCAGGCAAGGGAAACAAUACAAAAAAAUAAACAAAUGGGACUACAUCAAACUAAAAAGCUUCUGCACAGCAAAGGAAACCAUCAACAAAAUGGAAAGACAACCUAACAAUUAGAAGAUAUUUGCAAACAAUAUAUCUGAUAAGGGGUUAAUCUCCAAAAUAUAUAAAGAACUCAUACAUCUCAACAACAACAAAACUAACAACACAAUUUAAAAGUGGGCAAGGGGCUGGCCUGGUGGCGUAGUGGUGAAGUUUGCACACUCCACUUUGGCGGCCCAGGGUUCGCAGGUUCGGACCCUGGGUGUGGAUCUGUGCACUACUUGUUGAGCCAUGCUGUGGCAGGCGUCCCACAUAUAAAGUAGAGGAAGAUGGGCACAGAUGUUAGCCCAGGGCCAAUCUUCUCAGCAAAAAGAGGAGGAUUGGCAACGGAUGUUAGCUCAGGACUAAUCUUCCUCACUAAAAAAAAAAAGGGCAAAAGACCUGAACAGACAGGUCUCCAAAGAUAUACAGAUGGCCAACAGGCACAUGAAAAGAUGUUCAACAUCACUAAUUAUUAGGGAAAUGCAAAUCAAAACUACAGUGAGAUAGCACCUCACAUCUGUCAGAAUGGCUAUAAUUAACAAGACAAGAAAUAAGUUUUGGAGAGGAUGUGGAGAAAAGGGAACUCAUACACAGCUGGUGGGAGUGCAAACUGGUGCAGCCACUAUGGAAAACAGUUAUGUAGAUUCCUCAAAAAAUUAAGAAUAGAACUGGGGCCAGCCCCGUGGCGUAGCAGUUAAGUGCACGCACUCUGCUGCUGGCGGCCCAGGUUCGGAUCCUGGGCACGCGCCGACGCACCACUUGUUAGGCCAUGUGGCGGCGUCCCAUGUAAAAUGGAGGAAGAUCUGCUCGGAUGUUAGCUCAGAGCUGGUCUUCCUCAGCAAAAAGAGGAGGAUUGGCAUGGAUGUUAGCUCAGGGCUGAUCUUCUUCACACACACACACAAAAAAAAUAGAACUACCAUACAAUCCAGCUAUUCCACUGCUGGGUACUUAUCCAAAAAACAUGACAACAUGAGUGCAUAAAGAUACAUGCACCUCUAUGUUCACUGCAGCAUUAUUUACAAUAGCCAAGACUUGGAAGCAACCUAGGUGCCCGUCAAGGGAAGAAUGGAUAAAGAAGAUGUGGUAUAUAUACACAAUGGAAUACUACUCAGCCAUAAGAAACAAUGAAAUCCAGCCAUUUGUGACAAGAUGGAUGGACCUUGAGGGUAUUAUGCUAAGCGAAAUAAGGAGAAGGUCAAAUACCGUACGAUCUCACUCAGAAGAUAAAAACAACAAUCACAUAGAGACAGACUGGAUUGGUGGUUACCAAAGGGGAAGUGGGGAGGAAGGGUGAAAGGAGUGAUUAGACACGUGUGUGGUGAUGGAUCGUAAUUAGUCUUUGGGUGGUGAACAUGAUGUAAUCUACACAGAAAUUGAAGUAAAAUGAUGUACACCUGAAACAGAUAAUGUUGUAAACCAAUGUUACCUCAACAAUAAAUAAAUAAAUAAAUAAAACAACCAUUGGUAUAGACCAUUACCUUAGCAGAUUCACCUGCAGACUUUAUUGGCUCCUGAAAGCAAUCAUUAGAGGGGGAACUGGGCAAAAAUGAAAUACAGUUGACUUAAUAGUGGAAAUAAAGUGUUUGAGUGAAGUGAACUCAAUGAUGAGGUCUACACAUGCCAAUAUAGGUCCCUUCUUAUGCUGAGGGAAGUAGCACUCAGAACAUGAUAGUUUAUAUUGGGCAGAAUGUCAUGUGUUAGCACACAUCACAGAAACACACCGGCUGUGAAUGCCUGUCAUCUUACAAAAAAAGUCCAGGCCCCGGAGGGAGGCAGCCAUCCAUCCUGAGGUGAUCCUCCAGUUGGUAUACUGACUCAUGCCACCUCCCCUUCUAUUCCUUGUUUGCCUGUGCCAAUUCCCAGAUCUCAUAGACUCCAUGCCUGUCUUCUCCUGUGACUCAGUCCAUGGUAUGGAUAACUAGGAAGUAAGGCUCUUCUCCUUACUAGCUAGCUGAACUUUUUGCAUCCUAGGUUUCCUUACCUGUAAAAUGCAAAUAAUAGUACCUAAGUCAGUAUUAUUGUGAAGAUUAAGUUAGAAUGCAAUGUAAAAUAACAUUGAACAAUUUCUAAUUAUUAUUCCAGCCAGUGAUGGACUUCGGAAUCUUGUAUUACAAAAUAUAUCAACAGAUAUGUAAAGAUACUUUGGAAUUUCUUGGAUGAGAAUGGGGUCUGCAAGUUACCCACAUACUGUGCUCAGACCUGCUAGUAAAAUCUGAAUGUGUUCUGGGAAGACAAGUCCAGAUCUGGGGCUCGUUAUGGCUGGUGGGAGAGAGUGCACAUAAGGACAUCUGAGAACAUUGCAUUGACCAUCUUAGCACUAUUAUAAUUUUGUCAUUUCUGUUCAGUCAUCUUUAGGGGAGGAAAAGAAAGCAACUAUGAUGUUAAUUCAUUUUCAGCAAGCAGAGGGAGCUAAUCCACACCCAAAUUACUCUGCCUUGUGCAAUCUAGCAAUGGCAACAAGCACAUUAAAAAGUGGGAGUUACCUGUAUUCAGGAGUCCUGAACAUGCAGCUUUGCACUUGUCUCUAAGCAGCAGCAGGGCGUCUUCUGUGCCCUCUGGCUUUAAGCACGCCUUUCCUUUUGAAAGGAGCUUGAGAAAACCUUGAUGUGAAUGACAUUAACAGUAUGACCUUCAUUUCUCUAGCAUGGUUUUUGGUUUUUUAAGUCUAAGCUUUUAUUCACUUUUUUUAUUGUGGCAUGGCAAAAGAACAAAAUUUAUCAUUAAUUACAUUCACAGUGUUGUGCAACCAUCACCACCAUCUAUAUCCAAAACUUUUUCAUCAUCUUAAACUAAAACUCUUGUACCCACUGAACAGUCAUUCCCCAUUCCUGUAUUUCUCCAGACCCUGAUAACCACUAUUUUACUUUGUUUCUAUGAAUUUGCUUAUUCUAAGUACCUUACGUAAGUAGAAUCAUGUAGUAUUUGUCCUUUUGUGUCUGGCAUAUUUCACUUAGCACGUUGUCAGUGUUCGUCCAUGUUGUAGCAUGUCUCAAUUCCAUUUAUGACUAAUAGUCCACUGUGUGCACAGGCCACAUGUUAUCCAUUCAUCUGUUGAUGGACAUUUGGGUUGUUCCCACCUCUUGGCUAUUGUGAAUAGUUACUGCUAUGAACAUGAGUACAAGUCCCAAGCUCUUUAGUUCUUUUGGGUAUAUACCCAGAGUAGAAUUGCCGGAUCAUGAUUCUAUGCUUACCUUUUUGAGGAACCACCAAACUUUUCCACCAUGCCCGCACCAGUUGACAUUCCCACCAGCAAUACGCAAAGGUUCCGAUUUCUCCAUAUCCUUGCCAGCACUUUUCUUUUUUAAUAGCCAUCCUAAUGGGUGUGAAGUAGCACCUCUUGGUUUUGAUUUGCAUUUCCCUACUAGUGAUGUUGACUAUCUUUUUCUAGCAUUGUUUUUUCAAGUGUUACCCAAAGACCCCUUAUAUCACAAUCAACUGGGUUUUUUAUUGAAAAUGCUGAUAACUCAAUGAUUCCAAUUCAGUAGGCCUAGAGGUGAGGCCUUGGGAUCUGUGUAUUAACCAGUACUCUACAUGCUUGUUAUGUAUAGGCUUUUAAAACUCUUAAAAGUAUCAAAACUAUAAGCAUUAAGUGCCUUCCUUUGUAAUCAAGAAAUUCUAGACUGUGUGCUUGAGGCGCACACGUUUUCCACUUGUCCCUUCUGUUUGAACCUUAGCAAGAACCAUGUCAGAGGCAGAGAUCUUGCGUGCUUCUGAUGGCCUAUUUGCAAAUACAGUGAAAAAUUCAAAGUGAUUGAUCCUAAAAUAUUUAACAUCAGUUUAUAAAUCUGUGACCAUAGUUAAGGUCUCCUGAUUAUAUGAGUGGUAUUUAAAGGAUACUAAACAUACCUGAAUUUUUUUUAAAUAAGAGGGGGGCAAUAAGUGCAUGUGCUAAGUGAAACAAAGAUUUCCUUCUUCCUUUUCCUCCUUUGACAUCAAUCAAUCAAGAUUUGCAUUCUAGUCAUAGCACAGGUCCUCCUCAUAAGAAGAGUGGGGAUAUAAAUGGGUUUCAUUUCCAGUGCCAUCUUUGAGUAGUAGUGGCUGCUUGACAUGCAGAGGAUUCUUUUUUUUUUUUUUUUUUUUUAUUGCAGUAACAUUGGUUUAUAACAUUGUAUAAAUUUCAGGUGUACAUCAUUAUACUUCUAUUUCUGCAUAGAUUACAUCAUGUUCUCAUCUUCUGGACACAGUGACUAGGGUCGUCUACCACCAGGAGCUCCCUGUACUAAGUGACUGGGCCACAUUUAAACCUUACCAAAGUCAACCAUGUUGUGAGGUAAUCAACUGCUGAGGGUUACAGUGGGCUGCCUUCGUAUUUUCCUUUUAGGAACCAUUGAAAUGGUAAACCUUCCUAUAAUUAAGGAACUUGGCACUAAGCUACAAUGUUAAUUUUGCCAAUUCUCUUUCCAAAUCUAAAGUUUAUUUUAACUGGGAUUAUUAGAUGUAAACAUCAAGAAGUUUUGUUUUUUAAUGAAGUAACACGUUCAAGCGCACAUUAUUGUGGCAAAAAUGAGUUGUGUUUGAGCGUCCAUCCUCAUGAAAAUUUUAUCCAGCAGCUUAAAAAAUCAAGACUACAAAAGUAUAGUCAUUAUCCAAUUUCAUGACUUAUGAUCCAACGCUAUGCACUUUUGUUUUACUAACAUUUAGUGGAUGCUGCAGUGAAAAUCAGUUACUAAAACAAUUUUAAAAAGCACCAAAACAGGAUGGAAAUAGUAAAAGAAUCUGAAUAGACACAAUAGGCAAUCUCAUGAACAGCCACUGAAAUGUAAAACAGCUGAAUCAAGGUUUCUUUUUAAUUCUAGGAAAAGAUUUAUUUGCUAUGAAAAUUCACUUAUUUGGAACAUAUUAGGUAUGGUUUGUACUUUUCAAUGAUCUAAAGACUCUGUUAACAUUUUUGGACCUAAUAAAAAAUCUUUCAUAUUAAAUUUUUAAAUAAGUUCAGCUCUUAUUAUCAGUGCAUUUCUAGGCAGCAGGAACUGAAACUCGUUAGGCUAAAUCCUUGAUCUUAACAUCAUGUCAGUGCAAGCUUGUCAAAGUGUGACUUGAUAAAACCAAGUAUUCUUUCAUACCAUUGUUUAUGCUUUUCAGAAUUUAGAAAGGCCUAAGAAAAUUAUAUCUGUAAUAAUAUUUCUUUUUUUUUUUUUUGUGAGAUAGCCCUGUGCUAACAUCUGCCAAUCCUCCUUUUUUUUUUCUCUCUCUUUGCUGAGGAAGAUUGGCCCUGGGCUAACAUGUGUGCCCAUCUUCCUCCACUUUAUAUGGGACGCCGCCACAGCAUGGCUUGCCAAGCAGUGCGUCGGUGCGCGCCUGGGAUCAGAACCAGCGAACCCUGGGCCGCCGCAGUGGAGCGUGAGCACUUAACCGCUUGCGCCACUGGGCCAGCCCCUAAAAUUUCUUUAUCCAAGAAAAUUCUUAAAGCUGAAUGAGGUUAGGGAAAACAUCUGAUUCCCCAACAGUGGGAACAUAAUGCCAGGCAUAUGGAUGAGCACUUUGUAGCACACUUAGCCAUCCUCAUUCCCAUUAUGAGGUAUACACCGUUACACCCUUUUACAGAGGAACUAAGCAGAGCAAAAGUUAGUGGGUAUAGGGUCAGAAUUCAAACCCAGGCAGUUAGAACCUGCAGCCCACACUAUUCACCAUGUAUUAGUAGGUGCUUGAUAAGUAUUAAACUAAUUUGGAGGAUGAUGCUGUUUUUAGAUAAAUGUGAAUUUCUUUUGGUAAAGGAUCUAACUAGCUUAAGAUCAUAAGCAGUAAACAACCAAAUAACCCUUUGUGUUUGGAACAGGCACAGUGGGGAGGCGGGGAGGGGAAUGACAGAUUCUAGCAGUGCAUUCCAUCUAUAGGUUUCCAUAACACUGUCUCCAUCUGUACCUUUUCUUGUAUAACCUACAUAAAUGACUACAGUACUAGUUGGUAGGUCAUACACUCAAUUCACCCUAUUAUGUUUUGCUCUUAACUCAAAAUUCUAAUGCAGCAGUCAGACUGGCUCCCAGAUAUGUUUAGUUUGAUCCAGUGUUUUUUUAAUGUGGGUUACUUACCAAUUCUUUCUCUCAGGAAACAGAAUGAAAUAAAAUUCCACUGUUAGUAGAA